AUGUUUCUCCACUUCAACUGGAGGACACUCCCAGCCACUUUCGCUUUCCUGAGCCUAGUCAAUCUACUCUUUGCAAUAUGGCGUUUGAAGCUCGAUUGGGCCCAAGCUCUACAAUCAUCCCGUGAGAUUUCAACCUUCUCUUACCGCGGACAUGAUUAUCCUAGGGCCAUCCCUUCAGCCGAUUCCCUCCAAUCAGUGUUAUUGACCGUUGAGGAGUCCAGACAUUAUCCAGUUGCUGGAUAUGAAUCGGACCCGCAGUGGGAAGCCUUAGGGGGAAAACCUUGGGGCUAUGUACGCUUGAAAACAGACGGAAAUCACACACAAUUCCACGACACCAACAAGCUGUCUGGGAAGCGAAGGAUGUUCGUUGUCACCAUGUUCCACGAACUACACUGCUUGCGGCUUCUUAACCUUGCCUUUGACGAGAGCAACGCCGUAGGUGAAGGUCACAUUACGCACUGCUUGAAUUACCUCAGGCAGAUGGCGCUUUGCGAUUCGGAUUUGACGCUUGAGUCCCACAAUUGGGAAGAGCGGUACGGCGGCGGAGGCGGUGAUCGUCAAGGAGCAACCCAUGUUUGUCGAGAUUGGACGCAGGUUGUCGAUUUUGUCGAAGACAACUGGAAUGAAUGGGAACACGAAAAGAAUAUGUAG